UGACCAGCCCGCUAGUUAUCAAUUUCUUUAGCUUGUGAGAAAUGAGACCUGAUGAGCAUAAACGAAAAAAGAAUGCGCAGUACAAGAAAAAGCAUGGUAUACCUGUUAAGAAGGGUGCUGGUAAACCUGAUAAACCCACAGAUAGUGCUGACGUGAAACCAGGAGAGAAGGAGAAUCAAGAAACAUGUUCGCAAACAACGCCUUUGGAUGAGAGUAGGUGGUUUUCACGUCGUCAUCUUACAACCAACUGGGAUAGAUAUGAAGGACUUGACAUUGCAGAUGAAGAAGACCAAAGAACAUUAGUUACAAGCAGAGGAGAAGAUUUUGCUAAUCUGGUUGAGAAAGCAGGCAACCCAGACUCACAAUUCAGAUUCCAGGCAGAGAAAGAAUGGGAGGAAGAUACCAUGUCACAGGCUGCAUCAGAAGGAUUAGAGAUCAAUUUGGCUUCUCUGGCGGAAGCACUUCAAGGUCUACCUAUUUACAGAAAGCUACAUAUCGAUGAUAAAGAAAUAAAUCCAUCUUCAAGUCUUCGCUGCUUAGAUCAAGUUGAGAAGGCUGUAGAUGGCACUGGAAAUAGUUACUACACUGCCUCUACUUUAACACUUACUGCAGAAAAACAAGCUAGCAGUUGUACAGUAGAGACCUUGAAACAUCAUUAUAUUGAAAAGCCGUCAUCAACCACCAAAGAUGAUAGGCAUGAUAAUAGACAGCUGUCAGUCACAGAAGCUCCACCCACCACUCAUUUGCAUUCAUCAUUGAGAGAUGUAGCCUCUGGGGUCUAUUCUUAUCAAUCACACAAUACCUCUAAGGACCAGACAGGCUCUGUCAUUGAUAGUGAACUCGAUUUCCUUUUGUCUCUGGAUAACACAAAGCUAAAUGCAGUGUCCAGUAAAAAGCCAGUGAAUGGGAAUAAAGUUUCACCUUUCAGUAAUCAAGUAUAUUCUUCAGCUGAUGACAAGGAACUUCAAUCAACUGGGGCUGGGGCUUUUAUGCAUGCCCCAAAGGAACAGCCACUACUGAACACUUCUGUUGAUUCCGAGAAAGGCGAAACAAAAAGACAAUCCGAGACAGAGCAAGACCUGGAAGAUUGGCUUGAUAGUGUUUUAUCUUAGUAGAGAUGUUGUUGUACAAUAUGAGAAAAAUAAAAUAAAUGUAACAUAGAAA